CAGCUGGAGACACUGAGACAGGAGCACAUGAGACAAGAGGAGAUGUUGGAGAAGAAAGAGCAGUUGAGGAUUUCAGAGUUGAAUGAAAAAUCCAAAUGUCUUGAAGAAACAAAAUCUCUUCUAGAAGAAAGAGAUGGAAAGAUUAAAGAUCUGGAGAAAGAGAAAGAAAGACUUGAUGAAGAACUUCAAGACAAAGAUAGACGUCUUAAGGACAUAAAUGCUAAACUGAUGCAAACCGUCAAAGAGGUUGAAAAGAAACAAAAUCAGCUUCAGGGGAAACACACACAACUGGAGAAUAUACACAAAAUGUUGAGUGAGAAAAUGAAACACCCAGAAAACAAAGUGAAAGAACUGGAAGCCAGUAAAUGUCAAUCAAAAGAAAAGGAAACUGAAAGCACAAAUCUGGAGAAAUAACAGCUAAAGUGUUUGGAACAGAUUUUU